GCGCGUCACAGAAUUCACCAUCUGCGUCGAAGUCAGUUGGUGUGUUAUCUCCUUCGUUGCGGGGCGCAUGUACUCGCGGAAUCGAAGCGGAAAGGUCGGUAGUCGGCAUGGUAAGUGGUCCAAUUGCGGUCUGUAUUGGAUGGAAGGGACAAGUGGGAACCAGUACGUACAACAUGCCGGACCGAGCGUGCCUUAUCCUGUUGCUGCAGGGCCGGCCGCGCACCUUGCGCCGCCAGGAGUGUCUCCUUUAUACUAUGGCAGUGGGCAGGUGCACGCGCCUCUAAGCACUCACGUGCAAUCAGCCCCAGCUCCGGCUCCGUCGGCAACUCCGACUCCUAUGCAGUACCAACCAGUACUCAAUCAGUGGAGCGCACAACCCUGGGGUCUACCCCACUGGGGUCCACCCCAGCAGCAGCCUGCUCCAGUUCCUUGGGUAAGCAACGCACCAUGGAUGGCAAGUGUCCCAUUCCCUCAGGUGCCUAUAGCGGUACAACCUGUUCAACAGCCUGCUCAGGUGGCGAUUCAGCCGCAACAGCCUCUUGCUCAAUCGAAUCCACAUGGCUUUUAUGGUGGACAGGGUGGUAGCUCGACAUCAAGCGGAGGGGGCAAAGGACAUGCCGCGAAUAAUUUUCCCGGACCGGGAAAUCGCGCGUACUUCGCCAAGGAGUAUAUGGAGAUACUGGAGAGCAUCAAGUCCAACAAAGCAAUUGAUGAAGCCAGGAAGAAACUUGUCGGCCCAAGAACUGGGGCUGUCAAGAGGAGUGGCACGCGGAGCUUUGAGCAUCCCGAUGAAAGCAGUAAAGAUGGUGCGCGUUCCGAAAAGAGCGAGGAUAUGAAAGCGUGGGUUACCUCCACGCUGGGCGAGUCCUUGAAACUCAUCAAUGCGAAAUUAGACGAUGUUGACAAGAAGUCCAAGCUGGAUGCCACUGAGCGUGAGGAGCUGGAGCGCCUCCGACGAGAAGUGCAAGGCGGUAAUAAGGAACAGUCGAGCAAUGAGAAGCGCAAGAGAAGUGGAGUCCGCACUCCGAUGGAGAACUCCCCGUCUGCUGCACGCGCCAGACAGAGGUCAAAGGGCAGUUCGAAAACCAAGCCAAAACGCAUCGAGUUGUCUGAUGAUGAAGGUCCUUCAGGCACUAAGCAAAACUUGCAGACCAAGCUCGAAAGCAUAAGCAGCGAACUGUCGGACAUUAAGCGGAUGCUCGAGGCACUUAUGUGCGGCUUGCCUGAUCCGAAAGGAAAGGCGAAAGUAGUCCUGCGAGAAGAGAAGGAACAGUUGGAGGAAGAGGUUCCCGAAGAAGUGAAUGUAGCACAGAACGCUCACGACAACGGUGAGGAGGAAGAUCCUGACGAUGACGGAUUUGCAGCGUAUAUGAAGGUGCGCGCAGACUUCUACGGAUCCCUACACUACACCCGAGUACAGGAGUUGUGCAGAGAACACGAUAUCGAGUACUUCAAGAAGGAUGUUGCAGUCUGGGAACUCACGAGACAAGACUUGCAAGAGUAUGCCGACUCACUCAGGGAGGAACGGGGAACUCGGAAGAAGGAUAUUACCGAGGAAGCCUACCGUGAUGAUGGUGGCGAAGAUCAAGACAGAGUGAAGAGAAACUAAUCCUUGGUAGCAUCAGGUCGAUUCGUCAUGCUGUCGCUCGAAUUAUCAGUGCAAAAAGGA